CGAGUAAGCUGACUCUGAUGCUAGCUGACCGUGUUGUUGUCUGGUAACUGCGUCUCUACCCUACCCUUCCUGUUUCUACCGUUAUGGUGCCCCUUUCUCUGCCGCUACGGGCUGUUCUGCAACGACCUGGCUGACUGCACGAACACACCAUGGGCUAGGAUCUUUCACAGCAGAGUUCGGAUCGAAGCUGGCGAUCAAAGACUGGGCGAAAUCUCCUUAAGCUACGCGCAACACUUUCAGCCGCAGAACGUAUAAAUGGUAACAUGGAUUGACGGAGCGGACAAGACAAGAUAUUGGAAAUCUAUACAUACUCGCCCAAAACCGAGGCAAGCUUUACGACUGGGGUAAGCGACAAGCAGUAUGAGAAUCGAACAUGCCUCCGUGUACCUCAUGGUCAUUGUCUGGUCCCGGGCAGCUUCCGAACUUCUGGCGCAAAAUGACCAGGGUCGACGAAAAGAUCAAAAUCUUGGCAUAUUUGGAAACAAAGUCAGCGAUCAGCAAAACAGACGAAUACCAGCAGAACAGACUGAUAAUCAGCAAAAGUUAGCGUUUGAAAAUGUCCAAAAUAAUCAGGAAUCUCGGAAUGAAAAUCGACCUGUUGUGAAAAGUAGAAACAACCAGGAUACGCAACCUGGCCCAGUAUUUCAGGCAGGUGAUGCUGAUAACCAUCAAAAUAGACCAGAGAAUCAGAAAACGUAUAAGGGCAAACAAGUGCAUCCCAAAUCCGUCCUUAAAAAGACUUUUCCCAAAGAAAUUCCAGGCGGCAGGAGUAAGGUGAAAGAAGUUUUAGAGAAGAAAAUAAACCAACCUAAUACACCAGAGGUAGAAGUAAGAAUCAAGGAGAAAGUUUACAAUAAUAAUGUACAUAUUGAUACUCGACUACAAAAAAAUGCACAAAUAGAAGCGCAGAAUAAUACGCACCUAGAUACAAGGAAUGAUGUGCAACUGAGCGCAAGGGACCAAAAACCUGCAGCGGCUGGCAUUCCAGCCGCCCGCCCAAGUGUCGGUUUACACUUGCAAAAUGUACAACGGGCCCUGCCGCCGAAACAAGGUAAAUCUGCCGAAAUUCGAGGACAAGAUGAAUUACGAAGACUACAGAAGGAGAACGCUCAUCGUCAUGCAAUUGAGGAAGAUCUAGAAAAGGAGCGUUACCAACAAGAUCAGGAGCGACAACGUAAACAUUUAGAACUGGAGCGAAGGCGACAAGAGGCUGAAAAACAAAGACAGCAGGAUGCGUUGAACCAACGCAUUGAAGAGGAGCGCAGACUUCAGGAAGAUUUUCUGGAAAAAAGCCGUCAGAAAGAGCAGCACCGACCAACAGAUCGCAUUCAGAUCGCACAACAACCACAACAACAGCGUCAGCAAGAGCAACAUAAACAAUUUCAGCAGGAGCCACCAGAACAGCCUAAGCAAGCGCAACAACAACUUCCAGACACUCAGACACAAGAUGCCUCCUUACAGCGAGAUAAGAAUGAAAAUCUGGACCAUGGUGGCGGUGGAGGUGGAGGUGGAGGUGGCAGGGUAUUUGGAGAAGGCGCAGGCGCUCGAGGAGACCUUGUGAAGGGAGGUAAUGAUCCUGUACCGCCUGCCCAAGUUGAUCCAAAUGUCGGACGCUUUGAUCAAAAGGUCGGUGAGCAGCAGCAGAACUUCAAAAACCAAAACGAGGCUGCUUCUUCGAUAGGUCGAGGAGACGUCAGAUGGGAUGGUGACGACUUCGCCUUGGUGUUCGGAGACAGUGUUUACAUGGAGCAGAAGAUUCGUCGAGCGUCUGUUCCUACAUCUGGCACUCCCUGGCCAAAACCGCAGUACAUGAAAGAACGUAAAGGAAGAGCAUAUCGCAUCUUGCCGGACUUUACUUUCAAUAUCAGUGAUAAGACCUGCGAUAUCAUCGAAAAGGCUGUUCAGCGCUAUCGAACUGUUAUCCUGAAAUACAGCCUCAGAGAUAUGCAUGACAAUCUGGAAUACGCCAAAGGUUCGGACUUCGAACCUGAGCAUUUUAAAUACUCAGGCCCGCCAUUCACCAAUGCCUCCGCCUUGAACAUUAUGUCGGUCCGCAUUCGAACGCCGUGUGUGAAGCUGUACCCCUCCGAGAAAAUGGACGAGUCCUAUACACUUGUUGUCAAAAAGUCCCGGAUGUACAUUGCCAGUAACGAGGUGUGGGGCGCACUAAGGGGACUGGAGACCUUCAGCCAACUCGUGUUCAAAGGGACAGACAAUCGGCUUUACAUCCGGGAGGUGCUUGUCAACGAUUACCCUCGGUUCGCACAUCGCGGGGUUCUGAUUGACACUUCCAGACAUUAUAUAUUUAAAGAGGUGCUGUACGAUGCAUUGGAAGGCAUGGCUCAGAACAAAUUGAAUGUUAUGCAUUGGCACAUCGUUGACGAUCAGUCAUUCCCGUUUGAAAGCCAAGCGUUUCCCAAGCUGAGCAAAAAGGGGGCCUUCGAUGUCGACUUGGUUUACACAAAGAAAGAUAUCGAGGACGUUAUCGAGUACGCGAGAUUGCGCGGUAUCCGGGUCGUGCCGGAGUUUGACACGCCGGGACACACAUAUUCCUGGGGUUUAGGCUACCCAGACCUCCUCACCCAGUGUUACUCCGGCCCCUACCCCGUCAAUGGAUACCUUGGCCCCAUCAAUCCGGCUAGUAACUACACCUACGACUUCCUGCGCACAUUUUUUCAGGAGGUUCUCACGGUAUUCAGGGAUAGAUACGUCCACCUGGGAGGAGACGAGGUCCCCUUGUCCUGCUGGGUGUCAAAUCCAUCAAUUUUGUCAUUUUCUGAGAAGAUUGGUGCCUACGGCGACACCAGAAAACUGAUGGAAUAUUAUGAAACUAAAUUACUGAAAAUCAUCGAGGACCUAGCUUCCCAAAAACGCAGCGGUGUUCGGACAGUUGUUUGGCAGGAUGUCAUUGAUACUGUCGAUCAGCUGCCAGAGAGAGUUGUGAUCCACGUGUGGAAGGGAGGGAUGCCGGAUGUCCAACGGGCGACGAGCAUGGGCCAUCACGUGAUCUACUCCACGUGCUGGUACCUUGAUCUGAUAGAGUACGGGUCAAGGUGGUACAAAUACUACCUGUGUGACCCGACAGAUUCAUCCAGUGGUUACAUAGACGAGAGGCUGGUCCUAGGCGGAGAAGCCGCGUUGUGGGCAGAGUACAUCGACAACGAAAACUUGAUGACAACUCUGUGGCCACGAGCGUCCGCCACUGCGGAAAGGUUAUGGAGUCACAAGGAUCAGCGGGAUGUACAGGAGGCCGGCAGGAGGUUGAUGGAACACCGCUGUCGUAUGUUAGGGCGAGGUCUAGGUGUAGCUCAGAUCAGCGGACCUGACUAUUGCCCCUCCAGGGGACCCCGUAAGCUGAAAAGCGCUAGUCAACUCAUGGAAGAAGAAAUUGAAACCGAAAGUAAGGUCACAGCGCCCCCUAAAAAUGUCCUCAUCGACUCCCAGAUUGACCUCAUUGACAUCCGUAUUGCGGAAGCGGCACGAUCUGGAGCCAAGGGCUCGGACUGUGGUAGUUGGGCAACCAAAAACUCCGUCAUCCCCCAGGGCAAUGGCUGGGUGCUGCUCUUCCUAACCUUGGUCAUACUGGCCGCGGUCUUCUUCCAGGUUCGUAGUAAUGGGGCUGGAUAUUCCACUCAUCGGAUUCUCAAAAACAAAACGAUAUUAUUUUCAUUUGUGACAUUGCUCGUGAUCUACAUCACGUGUUACACGACCAUUUGGUUACAAGUUUUGGACGUGAAGCGCUCCUUUCUGAGGGCUGAAGGCUCUCCAACGGAACCAAACGGCGGCAAUGUCCUCAGUUCCUAACGCAUCAUUUACAGACGUAUAGAUGAUGAAGAAAACAUAGUCUCCCACAGUCCGUAGCUUGCCAAGUUGUCUCCCUAAUUGUAAGGCACUCACCAUGUGCCGGCUGUGAAAAAAAUUGUACUGACUUGUCUUGUGCAUGUGUGUGGAAAAUAAGGUGGUUGUCAGAUCUUGAAAGACAUCGAAUUAAAAAAGCACAAUAAGAAUUAAAAAAGCAAGCGGCAUGUUUAUCCGGGAAGAUAACAGCGGAUGUGUGUUUAAGUUGUGGUGACUUUAAUUUCCCCAAUCUGCGAGCUGGUUAAACCUGUUGGAAGAUGUCGUCACUUGUUGGACGGCUUCUCGGAAAUGGCCGAGGUCAAUUGACGUUGCCGGAGAAAUGACGUGCAGUGCAUUGAGCAGACAAAUUGAACAUUUGCACUUUGUACAUUGAAGAUGAUGUCGUUAAUCAUAAUAAUAGGGGAGUCGAUAUUCUGUGUCGUUGUGACGUCGACAUUACCCUGCACAACAGUACGUCGAAUCCUUCAAAAUGGAGGUGGUACCUAUUGUGUCCAGCACUCCGAUGGACGAAGCGUUAGCUCACCGCUACAGUGGUCAUGAAACGCCUUGCUGACUUUGUGAUGACCGUAAAACUGUGUACGUGGCGUGAUGGUGCGUCUCUGAAACCUCCCUUACUGCAUGAGGUACAUAUGGACCGAGUGAAUGAUGAUUUGCACAGAGGAAGUUUAUCCAGAGUAGCCAGCGCCGUUGAACAUUACAUAAAAUACGGCAUAUAAUGUCCAAAGCUACACUUGCCUUUAUCAGAAUUUACAAAUACAUGAAAACUAGUGGCUUUGUUUGAUUCUAAAUCUUUACUUAAUGUUAUCGGUCGGCUUUUCUUGUUUUCUUUUGUUUCCUGGCGUCUAUUUUCUGAGGUGAUAUAAUUGUGAAUUUUGUAAAUAUGUUAAAGAUAUGUAUCUCUAAAAAUACCACAUGGUAUGUUAUAAUGUGCACUAUGUGCACCUGACUUAUUUGUAUAUGCAGUGUAGCGGUAAUUUUAGAAAAAAAUCUUAAAAAUAUAUAUAGUACAUGUCCUCAUUGCUCUUAAUUGUAGUCACAUCUUUUAGUUAAAUUUCUAUUUGAACUUUAUAAAUUUGUCCUCUUAAUGCCUACCCUGUUUAUAGACAAUUUUAAAAGUGCCUGAAAUCGAGGAAGUUACUGACAGUGUCAUGUUUUUUGACACGGAGACGAAUAUUGAAUGAGCAAUAAUUUAUAUGCAUGAGAGACUGCUGGUAUUCUGGUCACGUGAUCUAUAGAUCUCUCACCCGGUGCUUUGUUUUUGCCUAGGCGGCCUUUAGUUACAUGAUUGUGUUGGGAAACAGGAAUUUAAUUGCACGCGGCAAUCAACCUGCAGAUGUAUGUGGCAAAGUUUUUAGAAUGUUUUAUUGGGUACAGCUAUUCAUCCACGAUCAACAAACCGUGAUUAAAUUGACAAUCGUGUGCUUGUAUUUUAAUGUGUAUGCUUGUCCCCUUAGAGGUGUCAGGAUGCUUACAAUGCGUUUGGUUGUCCUGCUGGAGGUGUUAGUAUGUCUGCAGUGCGUUUGGUUGUCCUGCUUAGGUGUUAGAAUGUCUACAAUGCGUUUGGUUGACCUGCUGGAGGUUUUAGGAUGUCUACAAUGCGGUUGGCUGGCCUGCCGGAGGUGUCAGGAUGUCUACAAUACAUUUAAUUGUCCUGUUGGAGGUAUUCGGAUGUCUACAGUGUGCAUGGUUGUCCAGCUGGAGGCAUGUGGGUGUUUGAAAUGCGUAUUGGUUUACUUAAAUUCCCUUUAAUGCUGUAAAAUAUGUUUGGACGCGUAAUGAUUGGGUUCAGUUCACACGAGCUUUUCGCAGUCACGAUAUUUAUUCUCUGACAGCAUAAAGACAUCAAGCGUUUCUCGUAAGUUAUUUUUUUCUGGAAGAUUGAUCUGAGCCUUACACUGUGUGCAUGUCUGCCUUGUACAGCUCCUUGUGAGUCCAGGCAGUAUUAUCCCCGUAGGCAAUCUCUGAUCAGUCAAUAUUCUUCUAGAAAAUUCGGACGAAUCAAAAAUUUCGCUUUCUCUUCGCUUUUAGAAUGGUAUUAAUGAAUAUAUUCUUCAUUGUAUUCAUAUAUUGCCAGAUUAUAUAAAAAAAUAUCCAUGUUUCCGUUGACUUUUUACAUUUGGAAACAUACUUUGACGAAAACUUCUGUUUAUCAUGUUUUACUUGUUAAAGUCACCUGAUUGGAGGUGGAGUUUUGUGCAUGGGAUUGGUUGUUUGCUUGUGGAUUUCCAUACAGCUGAUGAAGUCCAGCCCGUGUCAUGGUUAAUGUUCCAUGCUGAUUGGUUUACGUCACAGCAUCUUGAGUGAAUGGAGAAGAUGUAAGAAAGCUGAACGUAUUGCGUAUGUCUAUAUUCGUGUACAAAAUGUAUAUUUCCGAAAAAAUUAUUACUAUUUAUUGUCCAUCUCAUGUGUAGGGUGAAUAAAUUUGAAUAAAGAAUGCGACUGUAUAGAUGUGAAGCUGAAAUUGACAUAUGCACCUUUGUUAUGCAUAAUCUUGCUAAAAGGCAAACCUGCAUGCACGGUUAGUAGUUCUAUUGCACGGAGAAAGCCUUGCCGCGUCCAGCAAUUUUAUAACUAACUUAAAACGGCAUUGGGAUCUCAGGGGACAUACUGAUUUUGUUACCCACUGAGAAAUACUGGUUUUCUUACUAUGUGAGGAAUGAUGGUUUCGCUACUCUGUGGGGAUAAUGCUGGUGUUCGUACUCCGAGGGGGAUGCUGGCUUUGCUACUCCGGAAGUGUUAGUGGGGCUGGGGGCUGGGGCUGACUUUGAUACUCCGGGGGGAAAUGGGGAUUUUGUUACUUUGUGAGAAAUACUGGUUUUGUCACUAUGUGAUCUGUAGGAAAUGUUGCCAUUGCUACUCUGACGGAAAUGCUGGCUUGGUUACAAAUGUAUGAAGUGCUAGCUUUGUUACAAGUGUAUGAAAUGCUAAACUGCUGCUCCGUAGGAAAUGCUAGUUUUGUCACUCUAUUGGAAGUGCUGGCGUUGUUACACUGUAGGAAAUCCGGACUGCUAUGUGGGAAAUCCUGUUUUUUUUUUCUUUACGAAAUGCUAGUUUGCUACUGUUGGUUGUACUACCCUUUAGGAAAUCCUGGCUCUGCUAUCCUGUAGGAGAUGCUGGCACUACUACCCUGUAAGAAAUGCUGGCGCUACUACCCUGUAGGAAAUGCUGGCACUACUACCCUGUAGGAAAUGCUGGCACUACUACCCUGUAGGAAAUGCUGGCGCUACUACCCUGUAGGAAAUGCUGGCGCUACUAUCCUGUAGGAAAUGCUGGCACUACUACCCUGUAGGAAAUGCUGGUGCUACUAUCCUGUAGGAAAUGCUGGCACUACUACCCUGUAGGAAAUGCUGGCACUACUACCCUGUAGGAAAUGCUUGCACUACUACCCUGUAGGAAAUGCUGGCACUACUACCCUGUAGAAAAUGCUGGCGCUACUAUCCUGUAGGAAGUGGUGGUACUUCUACCCUGUAGGAAAUGCUGGCACUACUACCCUGUAGGAAGUGUUGGUACUUCUAUCCUGUAGGAAAUGCUGGCACUACUACCCUGUAGGAAAUGCUGGCACAACUACCCUGUAGGAAAUGCUGGCGCUACUAUCCUGUAGGAAGUGUUGGUACUUCUAUUCUGUAGCAAAUGCUGGUAGUACUACCCUCUGGGAAAUGCUGGCACUACUAUCCUGUAGGAAGUGUUGGUACUUCUAUCCUGUAGGAAAUGCUGACUGUACUACAACGCUGGCGCUACAUAUACCAAAUACUUAGCUUGUAACAAAGAGUAGUUUCCAUUCAUAAAAGUCGAGAGUAUUACUCCUAACGACUCGUGUAAAAGACAGCGGACUCCCGAACCAUAGACUGUGUAUAUAAAAUAAAUGUACGUGC